CAACCCAUUCACCCGUUCCCCCUCUCCUUCCCCCCUCUUCUUCCCCAGCUCCGUCCCCAUUCAAUCUCCUCUGAAAAGGUGAAAAGUCUCUCAAAGCAUCGCAGUCACACGCAAACCAAAGGCAGCUUUCAUACUCCAAAAACCCCUUCGCUAUGACAAACCCCGAAAGAAACGUUUACAAUCCCUAACUAUCUUCUCAUUCCCCUUCCCAACUUCCCCUUUUCAAGAUCUGUGCUUUGAAGUAACUUCCUGUAGUCGAUCAGUAGUAGCAGCCACCGUACCGGACAGCGGCGGAGCAAAGCAGUGGAAAAAUGGCGUACGUCGACCACGCGUUCUCGAUUACCGACGACGAUCUAAUGAUGGACGGAUCGUACACCAACACCAACCGUCCAUCCAUCAAGGAAAUCGGAAUCGCCGUCUCCCUCCUCGUCUUUGGCGUCAUCGGUAUCGUCGUCGGCUUCUUCAUGACCUCCAAGAGUUGGUGGCGACAGAGCUCAUGGUGGUUUGGAUUUCUACCGCUCGGGUUUUAACUAUGGUCGUCGAAGUGCUGGGGAUCGGUGUUAGUCUGGGAGUGGAGCAGCCGAUGAUGGUGGAUUGGGAGGAGGUCGAAGCGGCGGCGGCGGCGAUCAAGAGGGAUGAUGUGGUGAG